AUGGCGUACCAGCUUGGAGCGAUCAUCGUCAAAGGCGGAAAGGUCCUUUCCAAGGGCCAUAAUCACAGGCGCACCCACUACGACGGCUCGACCGGGAACGAGACUCAUCAGACGGCGAUGUCCAUGCAUGCAGAGAUGCAUGCGAUCUAUGCAGCCACCGGCUUCACGCCCGCGUUCAAACACCAGCGUACCGCGUUGACUGCCACUCAGGAGUCGUGCUUUGAACUUGGCACCGCGGCCACCAAUGCCGCGGAUGGAGGAGAAGGAGAAUGGGAAGGCCCGCAACCAAGGCAAGACCAACCACAAGCCGCCCGACUACGGCAAUUACCACAAUCAUCAUUAUCAUCACGGUUAUCCAACGAGUCGCGAGUACGAGUAUCGGUAUCCCCACCACCGACAACAAGACGGUAUACAACACGAACAACAGCACGAGCACGUGCAAUAUCACCCGCUGAGGCAGCAGCAGCCGCGCGUACACGGGAUAUUCAUGCUGCGAUCGCUGGCGCUUCCGAGCAGGGCCUUAAAGACGUUAAAGGCGGGUUCAAACGGGAGAAACGCGCAUGA